AAAUGUAAAUUACUUAAUAUUGAAAAACAAAUACAGCUGGACUCAUCAUGCAUUUCAUGGCAAACAGCAGCCCUUUCCCUCUGGCACAAGAAUUUUGUCCAUCAACACAAGGAAAGACUCACUGCGUUAGAAAAUCAGUCAUCACAAAUUUUGUCAGUCUUAUAGGUGCUACUGGACUCUUGUUCUUUUCUAAAAUAAAUGCGAUACUGACACGACCUGUAUUGUUUAUGACUAAGGGAGGCGAUUAUCUAUUUUUCCUCCCACCAAGAACGAUCAAAACCGUUCAACGGAGUCAACGCAAAAGAGCCACAGCCCGGCAGCACCUCCACGACUGGCCACCUUGGUGGCGGCGGGCGAGCUUCCGUGAGUCACGCCUCGCUUCUUCUUCAUAUACCAAACCGAGUCGGGUCGACUCCAAAGGGCCCCCGAGGCGAGGCGAGCGGGCGGCCCGGGCUGCUCCAAGGCCUUGUGCGGGGGGAGGGCGCCCGCCCGCCCCUUCCCCAGCCAAAGGCCGUCUUCGCUCCGGCAGGCGCCUCAAGGAGCGUCCCCCGAGGCCGGGAGGAGGAGGAGGCGGCGGCGGCGCGAGAGAGGGCCCCGUCCCCCCGUCCCCGCCGCCGCCAGCGCGCCUCCCAGGCCCAUCACCGCGCCGAAGCCUCGCGAGACUCGAGGGCCGCCCGCGUCCUUUCCCGGGCGGGGGUGGGCGGGGCGUCCCGGAGGCCCCUCCCCUCCGCGGCCCGCCGGCCUCCUUCGCCGCGUCGUCGCUGCGGCCGCUCGGGCGGCGCCUCCAUCCUGGUACUUCGCAGCCUCCAUCCUGGUUUCUUCAAGUGCCCGGACCCAAAACAGGAAGUCUGAGUAUGAGCACAGCUGAAGAAGAGUCUGACACAGUGACAGUAGAAACCGUGAAUUCCGUGACUUUGACCCAAGACACUGAAGGGAAUCUUAUACUUCACUGCCCUCAGGAUGAGACAGAUGAAGUAGACUCUGAAGACAACAUCGAACCUCCACACAAGAGGCUGUGCUUGUCGUCUGAAGAUGACCAGAGUAUGGACGACACGACCCCGUGCAUUUCGGUUGUUGCCGUUCCACUUUCAGAAAGUGAUCAGAGCUUUGAGGUGACCAUGACUGCUACGACGGAAGUGGCUGAUAACGAUCUUAACGAAGGAACUGUUACUCAGAUCCAGAUUCUCCAGAACGAACAGCUGGAUGAAAUCUCUUCUCUGAGCAAUGAAGACGUGUCAGCAGUGAGUCAGGCCUGGUUUACAACCAAAGAGGAUAAGGAUUCUCUGACAAACAAAGGCCAUAAAUGGAAGCAGGGAAUGUGGUCGAAGGAAGAAAUCGACAUUUUGAUGAGUAACAUUGAGCGUUACUUAAAGGCACGUGGAAUAAAAGAUGCCACAGAAAUCAUCUUUGAGAUGUCAAAAGAUGAAAGGAAAGAUUUCUACAGGACCAUUGCGUGGGGUCUGAAUCGGCCUCUCUUUGCUGUUUAUAGACGAGUCCUUCGUAUGUAUGAUGAUCGGAACCACGUUGGCAAGUAUACACCUGAAGAAAUUGAAAAACUGAAGGAGCUAAGGAUAAAGCAUGGCAAUGACUGGGCAACCAUCGGAGCUGCCCUUGGCAGAAGUGCCUCUUCCGUGAAAGACCGAUGCAGGCUGAUGAAGGAUACCUGCAACACAGGAAAGUGGACUGAAGAAGAAGAAAAAAGGCUGGCUGAAGUGGUCCAUGAACUAACCAGCACAGAACCCGGGGACAUUGUCACGCAAGGUGUCUCUUGGGCUGCUGUAGCAGAACGGGUCGGAACCCGGUCUGAAAAACAGUGCCGCUCCAAAUGGCUGAACUACCUGAACUGGAAGCAGAGUGGAGGCACAGAGUGGACCAAGGAAGAUGAAAUCAACCUCAUCAUGAGAAUAGCAGAGCUAGAAGUAUCUGAUGAAAACGAUAUCAACUGGGAUCUGCUGGCUGAAGGCUGGAGCAGCGUACGCUCACCCCAGUGGCUUCGCAGUAAAUGGUGGACGAUCAAGAGACAGAUUGCAAACCACAAAGAAGUUUCAUUUCCUGUUCUUAUCAAAGGUCUGAAACAGCUUCAUGAGAGCCAGAAAACCACACUGGGGCACCAGCUUUCUGAGAAUAAGUCUUUACCCGGGCUGCCUAACUCUCAUUCUGGUUCUGGGGUUCAGCACGUCCAGAUUCGAGUGGCUCGCUUGGACGAGAAUUCGGGCAGCUCGCCAAGCCCCAUGGCAGCGUUGCAGAUCCCAGUACAGAUUACUCAUGUCUCCUCAGCUGAUUCCUCAGCUGCUUCUGUGGACUCGGACACCAUAACACUAAAUAGUGGGACACUACAGACCUUCGAGAUUCUGCCCUCUUUCCACCUCCAGCCCACCGGGACUCCAGGCACUUACUUACUGCAGACGAGUUCUAGCCAGGGACUGCCUUUGACGCUGACUACCAGCCCAACCGUGACCUUAACCGCUGGGACUGCCCCAGCCUCCCCCGACCAGAUCAUAGUCCACGCCUUAUCCCCAGAAAACUUGCUGAAUUCAAGUGACGUCACUGUGCAGUGCCACACGCCAAGUGUCAUAAUCCGCACUGUCGCAGCAGAGGAAAUCUCUCCCUCUGUAAGCCAAGCAGAGCUCGCUGUUGCUUCGGACAUUCAGCCGGUAGACCUGGUGGACCCCACAGCCUCCCUGGAAGCGGACACUUUCCCCGAAGGCCUCUCCCAGCCCAAGCUGGCCGAUGAAGAACAGUCUGCUUAUAGCGAAGGCGACACCUCCAAAUUCGUGGGCAGAACUAGUGCUGGACUCAUAGGCAGGGUCACAGCGAGAGCCAGAGAAGAGGUUUUGGGUGCAGAUCUCAAAUGUGAAGAGGACGCGUGUCAGUCCCACUUUGCUGACACUUACGUCUCAGAGGACUUGGGAUCUCCCACCACAGAAGAACCAGUUGAGCAGCCCACCAUGGACGAGGCUGUCCUGAUCGUCCCUUCUCCUCCCCAGGGUUUUAUCCAGACGUCAGACGAUAUGGACAGUGAAUCCGUCCUGCCCCUAACAACACUAACAGAUCCUAUACUGCAACACCAUGGAGAAAACUCCCAUAUUAUCAGCUCCUCCUUGGAUGGACCAGAUUCCGAGGACUCAAAGGACGGGGAGGACCUUGUGAGCUGUCAUUAACCGUGUCCUGUGGUGCGGCACCUGUGACAGUGCUGUUUGUGACCCUCAAACCAGCUUCCCAAAGAAAACAAGCUGUUCCAAUAGCAUCUGCCUGCUUUGGCUGGCCACAGAAGCAUCCUGCUCUCACGCUUGCCAAGGGGUUAGAUGGCCAGCGCUGACCAAAUUCCAGGUCCGUGCUGAUCCGUGAACCUUGUGUCUUCGGCUAGGUCGUGUGCAAGUGGAACCAGAAUUGGACAUGAUGGGACUGUGGAUUUGUUUAGGUUGGUAGUGCUUGUGGGGCACACUGUGAAAAAAUGGACUUCUUGUAUUUCAGGAACAAAACCCAGUUACAAUACAGUAACGAUACCUAGCCAAAAAGAGCAGCAUUAAAGGAGGCCUUCUUUCCCAAUUUCAAUCUAUUAUUAUGACUUACAUACUCAGUAGUAUAGAGAACACUAGUAGCUCUUAAGAGGGCAAUCUUGCCUGUUAAGAGUCUGUUGCUGGCAAUGGAUGCAGCCACAGAAAGAUCAGACAUGAGUUUUCCAAAAAAACCCAAGUCUUUUCCCAACGCAAGCUUAGCAGAGACAGAGAGGACUGUUACCUCCUUUAGAAUGCAAUAAACUUGCAAGACUGAGCCCCAACUCUUUAAUUCAGAAUUGCAUUACUGUUGAGAGCCUGGAGCCGCCUCCAUCGCCAGGCAGCGAUGCUGUCAGGCCUCUGUGGAUUCUCAGGUGAACGAGCUUUCAGGUCAGCUGGGUUUCUGGUGUUGUCCAUACUUGAAGGCUCUCUCAAAGGAGACGCUAAGCUGAGCUUAGAGACCCACUUGUGUGGGAAGGAGGUGAACUCCAAAUACUACUACGAAGAGGAUGUAAAAAGUAUUUAUUGCUGUAAUUAGCUUCUUCAGAAGUUUGUCUUCCGUCAGUGGCUUUGUUAGUGUGAAACUGAAGGUGUAGUUACAGUGUUGGGCACGGCGGGGGGGGGGGGGGGAGACAGAAGCAUCCGUUUACCACAAGCAUGA